AAACCGGAAGGGAAGGCCAGAGCCCAAGAAGAAGAAGAAGACAGCCGCAGCCGAUGAGACCGAGCGAAACAAGAAAAAGUACUCUUCCACUGGCGAGGUCUCCUCUUCCUCUACCUGCCUAAUCUGGAUCUACCCCAGUCUGGCACAACCAGCCCUCGCCUGCCUCUGCACCUAGCUUGAGCUCAAAAGUCAACCAGACUUCCUCCCUCUUCUCCCGGCAUCCUCCUCCUCUUCUUCUUCUUCUUCCUCUUCCUCCCAGUCUUCGACACUGCGCUAUCAUGGCAGGGCGAGGCGGACCAGCACGGACCAACGGCGCCGCAGCAAGCAACAAGAUCUGCCAGUUUAAGCUUGUGCUGUUGGGGGAGUCGGCGGUGGGGAAGUCCAGCUUGGUGCUGCGCUUUGUCAAAGGCCAGUUCCACGAAUACCAGGAGAGCACCAUCGGAGCCGCCUUCCUCACACAGACCGUAUGUUUGGAUGAUACAACGGUCAAGUUUGAGAUCUGGGACACCGCGGGACAGGAACGGUAUCAUAGCUUGGCGCCCAUGUACUACAGGGGAGCCCAGGCCGCCAUCGUGGUCUACGACAUCACUAACACAGACACAUUCACACGUGCUAAGAACUGGGUGAAAGAGCUCCAGCGACAAGCCAGCCCAAACAUCGUGAUUGCACUGGCAGGAAACAAAGCCGACCUGGCCAACAAGAGAGCUGUAGAUUUUCAGGAAGCACAAGCAUAUGCAGAUGACAACAGUUUGCUCUUCAUGGAGACUUCAGCCAAGACUGCUAUGAAUGUCAAUGAGAUUUUUAUGGCUAUAGCCAAGAAGCUCCCUAAGAACGAGCCCCAGGGUGGAGCGGGCGCUGCCGGACGAGCUCGAGGAGGCGUGGACCUGCAGGAAGCUGCGCCGCAGGGCAGAAGUGGCCAGUGCUGUGGGGGCGGGAACUAAUUAACUAACUAACACAACAUUGAGUCAGCUGAUCCAACCAACCUACAGCUUCGAUCAACCAGACCAGAUAUUAGCCAGCUGUCAUACAAUGUCCCAUCGGUCAAACCAAACCAUGGUUCGGACCAACAACCCUUCAAGCACCAAUAGACUGUUUGGCAAACAAGUCCACUGGCCAGUAACCUGCCAGAGCCCCACUGAUGGUUCCAGCUGAAGAACCAACAAACAGACCAAGAAAUCAAUUCACAGAAUCGUAUUUUAUCCCCAGGAGUCCCCGAUCUAUGACCUCUCUAUUGAUGAUGGACACUUGACAUCACCUUAGGGGGAAAAAAAAAAAAAUCCCAUUUACAGAAGAAGAAAAAGAUCAGUCAUUACAAAUGGCACUUACUAGAGCCAUCUUCCUCAUUUUUUUUCUGUAUUUGUGUAAAAGAAAAAAACGUAACAGGAAGGAGUUAAAAGCGGCUGACUGGCCCUGUAUUUUCUCUGCUACCCGCUGCAUCCCCCAUUGCUCCAAACAUGUAUAAAUUAUAUCCACCAUGGUCUCAUGACUCCAUUAAAACUUCGGUCCAGGUGCAUGCAGCAGUCCUUUACUUUACUGUCUUGUUCCUGGUCAGCUUCCUGGAAGAAAUGAAGAGAGAAGGCUCUGAACAGCAGGACGGGGACUGGCGGAAAUAUUUUUCUCAUUAGAGCUCUGUAGAUUGAAUUAUUACUUGGUUAUUGUUAUCACUAUUAUUAUUACUUCAACUUCUUUUGAAACAGGCUGUUCAAUAUGAUUUUAAAGCCUCGACUUUAAGGUUUUACAAUCAUCUAUGUUAUCAAACCAUAUACAGUAAAUAGUACUUUAUUAACAUUGUCACUCAUAAGUAAUUUUAGCAUCAAUGUAAUGUUUUUGAAUCAUCAGUGUACAAUGACAAAAUACAAGAUUUGUUUUCUUGACCAAAAUCACGACUGUGUAUUUACAACAUUGCUGUAUUUGUAUCAGACUUUUCAAGUUUAUAAUCAAUCAGUAGUUACUGUCUAAACAAUAUCUUCCCAAUCUCUACAGGAUGUUUUGUUAACCUUAAUGUGAUGGUUUUUUUUUUAUGUCUUAAUUUUUUUUCUGAAGAUCUAUGGUAUUAAAUGCACUGGUUCUGUCUCA